AUGGCGAACCAAGCUGCCAUUGUUCCAUCCGCGAAAGCUCCCCUUGAGGUCAAAUCGGUCGAGAAGUAUACACCAGGAGCGGGCGAGAUACUCGUCAAGAACGAAGUCAUCUCCUUUAACCCGGUCGAAGCCAAGAUAGCCAGACUCGCAUUGCUCCCUGCCCCAUAUCCCUUCAUCCCGGGUCUGUCCUGUGGAGGGACCGUUGAAGGAGUUGGCCAGGGAGUGACCGGGUUCAAGGUUGGCGACAAGGUAGCUGUGCGGCGAAAUUUCGCCGCCGGCGGGAAUCGGUACGGAUCCUUUCAGAAGUUCGUGGUGGCUCGAAUUGAGGCGGCGUCUAAAUUGCCCGACGGUGUUGAUCUCACCGCCGCUGCCAGCCUGAUUGGGAAUCUUACGACAACGAUCGGGUUGUUCAAUGUUCGCGCCGGACUGGAAAGGCCAAGUCUUGGCGAUUCUGCCACAGCGAAGAACAAAAAGAUUCUCAUCUACGGCGGGUCGUCCAGCGUGGGCAGUUUGUCCGUACAGUGGGUGGCGCAGGCAGGCUAUCAAGUCGUCACGACCAGUUCUCCAAAGAACAAGAACUUUGUGUCCAAGCUCGGCGCGGCGGCUGUCAUAGACCACACCCAGCCACAGGACGCUCUCGUCAAGGAAUUGGUGGCUCAGGGCCCGUAUGACCUGGUCGCCGAUGUGAUUGCCUUGCCUCCCACUGUCGCCGUCAACGCUGCCGUUCUGGCGGCACAAGGUGGGGGAGACGUCCUCGCAACGUUGCCCGCUUUUGGCCCAGAGACGUUACCAGACGGCGUCAAGCGGGUGUUUGGCUCGUGGCCAGACAUCAUUGCUGAGGAAGACACGACUGGGGUGGAAGAAUGGGCUUAUCGGACCUAUUUCCCACAGAGCCUCGCAAAGGGAAAGCUGAUUCCCCAACCGAUCAAGAAGAUUACUGGAGGCUUGGGUGAAGGAGUCAACAAAGCUCUGGAUUUGAUGAUUGCUGGCGAAGUUAGUGGGGUGAAGCUGGUUGCUGAUCCGUGGGAGUAGACAGAACUUGUCUGGUAACGGGGAGCCAUGGAAGAAAAGGCGUUAGGGAUCUACCAACCAUGGCCGAAGAAGCAGUACAGAGAAUUGUGAUGACCGAAGCCA